AUGUACAGCAUGAUGGAACACGAACUGAAGCCGACCGGCCAGCCCCCGUCUCAUCAGACCUCCCAAGGAAUGUCACCGAUCACCGGCAACAUGACCGGGAACUUGGGCACCAACGGCAACUCACACCCGAGCUCUAAAACGGCAUUAGCACCUGGAGGCGACCCCAUGGAUAAAGUCAAGCGGCCCAUGAACGCUUUCAUGGUCUGGUCCAGGGGACAGAGGCGCAAGAUGGCUCAAGAGAACCCCAAAAUGCACAACUCUGAGAUCAGCAAGCGGCUGGGAGCAGAGUGGAAACUCCUGACCGACGCUGAGAAAAGGCCAUUUAUCGACGAGGCCAAGCGGCUCCGGGCCGUCCACAUGAAGGAGUACCCUGAUUACAAGUACAAGCCACGCCGCAAGACAAAGCCACUGCUGAAGAAGGACACUCAGGUGGGUAAGUACCCGUUGUCAGCCGGAAACUUGCUGGCGGCUGCAGCUGCGCAAGGCCAAAGUGGAAGUCCGAGGAUGGAGAGCUACGGCUGGGGCCCCACCGGGGGGUACGCCGGUAUGCAGGGCGAGGCGCUCGGCUACACACAGCAGCUUCACCGAUAUGACCUGUCAGCUCUCCAGUACCCACCUGCAAUGACGGCGGCACAGACGUACAUGAACGGAGGCAACUCGUACAGCCCAAUGUCAUACAGCAGCAGUCCCCAGCAGCCGAGCCCUGUAACCAUGUCCAUGGUGAAAGCAGAACCCAUGUCCCACUCGCCUCCGACGGGGACACCAAACCACCAUAGGGGUCCUCUGCAGGGUGACCUCAGGGACAUGAUCAGCAUGUACAUCCCAGGACCAGGAGGGGAUGCCGGUGACCCCACAGCAGCACAGAGGGGCUAUAGCAGUGUCCAGCAGCACUACCUUACCGGAACCGUCCCACUCACACACAUUUAG